AUGGCUGGCUAUGAGUAUCAGAGUGAGGUCAUGACUGUGGUUUUUCUCUCUGUAAUAGGGGCUGCGAGUGGAUGGGGUUUGGCCCAUGCGACAUUUUAUGGAGACGAAACCGGCCAAGCAACAAUGGACGGAGCUUGUGGUUAUGGCAACCUAUUCCAUCAAGGCUACGGGCUGAAAACGACGGCUUUGAGCUCGGCCCUGUUCAACAAUGGCCAAACCUGUGGAGCCUGUUACGAGAUCAAAUGCCACGAUGACCCAAAAUGGUGCCGACCCGGCAGAAUUCGUGUCACGGCCACCAACUUCUGCCCGCCUAACUACACCAAGCCUAGCGGAAACUGGUGCAAUCCUCCGCUUAAGCAUUUCGAUCUCUCCAUGCCCAUGUUCGUAGAGAUAGCCGACUACCAGGCCGGCAUCAUUCCGGUCAAAUACCGCCGUGUAAAAUGUGUCAGGUCCGGAGGCAUCAAGUUCGAGAUCAAAGGAAACCAGUGGUGGACGCUCGUUUUGGUGUACAAUGUCGCCGGCGCCGGAGAUGUUACAAACGUUAUGAUCAAGGGCUCCAACACUUAUUGGAUCCAGAUGUCGCGAAAUUGGGGCCAAAACUGGCAGACAUGGACUCCGUUGCAAGGGCAGCGCCUCUCAUUCCAGGUGACUACGAGCGACGGUAGAACGGUGACGUCCCGUAACGUUGCACCCGAUAACUGGCAACUCGGUCAAACGUUUGAGGGGAGAAAUUUUUAA